AUGCAAAUUAUCGAUAAAAGGAUGGAGAAGCGAAGGGAAACGACUUGCGAAGAGAGGAUUGAGAAAAGUCUACCAGAAACCCCAUUGAUCCACGAUUGUGAGAUCUCAUGUCCGGGUGCUGAUCGAGAUUCAGUUAUCUCAAAAACUCCAUCGAACAAUCACAAAUGUAUACGAUAUUAUUCUUAUGACACUCUACAAAUUGGAAACAAAUGGUCGAUUUGGCGAUCGGGCGUUUGCGCGAAUCAGACGAUCACCCUCGAAGUUCACUGUGGAUUUCCCGAAAAGGUGCCGGCUAGGCUCUCAAAU